AUGUCCUCACCAAAGACAGUCGCAUUCUUCGGCGCUAGCACAGGCGUAGGCCUCUCAGCGCUAAAGCAUUCACUGGCUGCAGGGCAUAACUGCAUCGCUCUCUGCCGAAUCCCAUUAAAACUUGAGGCGCACGUAUCGCCUAAAGCUCAUCCCAAUCUGCGAAUCGUUGAAGGCAACGCCCACGAUAUAAAGGCAGUGUCUUCUUGUCUAAAGAAGGAUGAUGGCUCAAUCAUCGAUGCAAUUGUCUCUACGAUUGGCGGCAAGCCGAUCAUUCACAAAAUGACGAUUGAUGAUCCCAACUGUUGUCGCAUCGGCAUCACUGUCCUUCUCGAUGCUCUCGCGCAAAUACGUGCAGAGGGUGCAGUAGGAAGACCUCACAUCACCGUCUUUAGCACCACUGGCAUGUCGGACUUUGGUCGCGAUUAUCCCCUUCUUCUCUAUCCUAUUUACGCAAUUGCUCUCAAAGUCCCCCACGAAGACAAAAAGAUCAUGGAGACCAAGUUGGCCGACAGUGGUGAAGACUUCACCAUCGUGCGGGGCAGUUUGUUGGUGGACGGUGACAGCGAAACGCCAGUGCGCGUGGGCAUCGAGGACCCCAAGAAUGGGAUAGAGUCUUUGGAAAUCGGAUACACAAUCUCAAGAGAGGAUGCUGGGAAAUGGCUGGCAGAAAAGCUCUUGGUAACGACACGCGCAGAGUACGUGAACAAGAUUGCAUCCAUCACUUACUAA